AUGUUCAGUUCAUCGUCAAAAUUGCAAAGACGCGCCAAUGGCAAAAUGCAGAAAAAAUUGAAGCUAUUUCACGCUACGGAUUUUGAAUCAUUGAUGUAUCCUUCCUUCACAUGUUGCUACAUGCUUGGAAUGUUUCCGUAUAAGAUCAAUGCAUUGGUCUUUGAGAUUUCCACACCACGUUAUAUCCUUUCAACCAUCAUUAUCUGUGUUUGCGUAAUUUCCUUAUUGUACGUUUUCUAUCUCAUCAACUUUUGUGUGAAGUACACAGGUGUACCCAUAAAUCUUAACCGUAAUAGCUUCCACAUACUCAAUGGUUUUACAGCAGUUGUUACGUACAUUUUGAGCGGACCGCGAAUGCAUUUGCUUCAAACCAUAAAAGACAUUUCAUCAAAAUUGCCUUCGGAAUUAUAUCAGAAGCUAUCUAAAUUAAUUUACGCUAAGGACCUCUUAGGAUCCAUGUUUCUACUUCUUGAAGUGCCGAUAUAUUACAAGAUGAAUAUGCAUUUUAUAACCAAAAUUUACAUAAUAUAUAUUACUCUGUUGACAUUUCAUAUGGAUAUGUUGUAUAUGAAUUGUGUUUGUAUACUAAAAGCUUGUUUCAAGAGAAUCAAUGAUAAUUUGGAAAACAUGCGGGAGUAUAUGAUGGUAUAUCAUCCCGGCAAAAUAUGCUACAAACAAAGAAGUCCAUUUUUGAUGAUCGAAUUAAAGGCACUGAAAAAACAACACCUGAUGAUUAGUAACACAGUGCAAAUGCUGAACAUAAUUUUCAGUUUACAGCUCCUCGCUACUGUAAUUAUAACUUUUACCCGGAUAACUUUCGAUCUCUACUAUCAAAUAUUGUAUUGGCAAAGAGGCGUAACCUUGAUUAAUAUAGAAGAUUAUGUUUAUGGUACGUUUUUGAUAACGACUUCAAUGUACUAUUUUAUAAAAAUAAUGUUGAUAGUAUGGGCCUGCGAGACCGGCAAGGAUCAAGCUCUGCAGAUCGGCACCACUGUCCAUGAUGUGCUUAACAGUAUCGACGAUAAUGAAAUAAAAAACGAGUUGCAGUUGUUUUCCUUGCAAAUUCUUCAUCGCGAUAAUACGUUCUCCGCAAAGAGUCUUACUAUGGACGCGACGCUUCUCACUGCGAUAGUAGGUAGCGUCAGCACGUAUUUAUUAAUCUUGAUACAAUUUUUAAAAAUAAAAUACUAUUGCGAUGAUGAAAUUGCCAGAAAUGUUACACAAAUAAUUCACUGA